AGUAAAUAUAAACUGAUAAAUACCUUUUCUCAUCAGCAGUUAGAGCAGUCUCAUGACUUGCUAUCACUGUUCAGCCGAGCACAUGUUAAAGCUUGUAGGUGGAGUUUUCAUUCUGCUCUAGGAGGAUGCAGGACCCCUGACCUCUGUCUGGACAGUGCUGAUUGGCCCUGUGCUAAUCACAUGCACUCUCCCUAGCAAUACACACCAAACUGAGCAUGUGCAGAGUGACUCCAAACAAUAUGUCUUAUCGGGAGAUAAAAGGGGGACACUGGAAGAAGGGGAGGAUCAGGGAAGACAGGAUCAAAUA